AUGAAGCUCUCGCUGGUAUCAAUUUUUGCUCUUCUGUCAACCACGUUUGCUCUUCCAGUCGAAAAUGUCGAGCGAGAUGUACCAAUUGAAGAAAGAGCUGCAGCGCCAACAGUAACAAUUGUAUCACCAGCAGCUACAAUCAUUGGAGGUGCUGGCUUAACUGUCGAAACCUUUGCUGGUGUUCCAUUUGCCAAACCUCCCGUUGGUGCACUUCGACUUAAACCACCUCAACCCAUCACCUCUGCGUUGGGCACAAUUAAAGCAACAGCCCAAGCAGCUUCUUGUCCUCAAUUCUUCUUUAGCACUACUAUUAAUGAUGCAAUUCCUACAUCUGCAUUAGGUCUUCUCCUUAAUACACCAGUCUUCCAACAAGUUCUCAAUGCCGGAGAAGAUUGUUUGUAUCUAAAUAUUCAAAGACCAGUUGGUACAACUGCUUCAUCUAAAUUACCAGUCUUAUUUUGGAUUUUUGGAGGAGGAUUUGAAUUGGGAGGAACAGGGAUGUAUGAUGGAUCUUCAUGGGUAGCGGAAAGUAUUGCCGAGGGCAAACCGAUCAUUUUUGUUCAAGUUGCUUAUAGGGUUGGUGGAUUUGGAUUUUUGCCUGGAGCGGAGAUCUUGGCGGAUGGUAGUGCGAAUUUGGGAUUGUUAGAUCAGAGAUUAGGGUUGCAAUGGGUCGCUGACAAUAUUGCUUCUUUCGGUGGUGAUCCAUCCAAGGUAACUAUCUGGGGAGAGUCAGCUGGUGCAAUCUCAGUCUUUGACCAAAUGGCUUUAUAUGGUGGUGACAACACAUACAAAGGCAAAUCUUUAUUCCGUGGAGCCAUUAUGAAUUCAGGAAGUAUAGUCCCAGCAGACCCAGUCGAUUGUCCAAAGGGACAAAUCAUCUACGAUAAUGUCGUAGCCUCAGCAGGAUGUUCAGCCGCAGCCAAUACUUUAAGUUGCUUACGAGGCGUACCCUAUUCCACUCUUCUCAACGCGACCAACUCUGUUCCUGGUCUGCUUAGCUAUUCGUCUAUCGCACUAUCUUAUCUUCCUCGUCCAGAUGGUACCGCUCUCACCAAAUCCCCUGAUCUUCUCCUCGCAUCAGGAAACUGGGCAAAGGUCCCCUUUAUAAUUGGCGAUCAAGAGGAUGAAGGAACAAUAUUUGCUCUUUUCCAGAGUAACAUUUCCACAACCGCUCAACUCACCACUUAUUUCUCGGAUUUCUUUUUCCACAACGCACCUACCUCCGUUCUCACAGGGCUUCUCAACACGUAUCCCAAUGACUUGAUCUCCGGUUCCCCUUUCCGAACCCUCUUGUUGAACAAUUGGUAUCCCCAAUUCAAACGUCUAGCCGCCAUUCUCGGUGAUCUUACAUUUACCCUCACCCGUCGUAUAUUCCUCCAAACCGCACUAAAAGUCGCACCAACCGUUCCCUCCUGGUCCUAUCUCUCGUCCUAUGAUUACGGAACCCCUGUUCUCGGCACCUUCCACGGCUCAGAUAUCCUACAGGUCUUCAACGGUAUCAAACCAAACUAUGCGGCUCGUGCUAGCAAAGCAUAUUAUUUGAGUUUUGUAAAUACUCUGAACCCGAAUAAUGGGACGAGCAGUGCAUAUGCGAAUUGGCCGCAAUAUAGCAAUGGAGCACAGUUGUUGAAUUUGUAUGCGGAUUUUGGGGGGUUUAUAAGUGAUAAUUUCAGGAGUACGAGCUUCAACUAUAUAGUGGCUAAUUUGGCAAGCUUUUAUAUUUGA